AUGACUGAGAUCGAGACUUUACCACAGCGAGACAGGGCUCUGCCCAAUGAGCCCUUCUUCGGCAAGCUUCUAGGCUUGUUACAACUCGGAGACGACCAUGUUGCUAUUGAUGACCCAUAUUCCGGCAUCAAGGCGAGUGCUUCUCAAUUUGUGAACGACGUGCUGGCAACCAGAGCUGCCGUCAGACGUACGGCACCUGCGGGGAUGCUUGACCAGCACGGUAUGGUAUAUGAGCAGAAACCGUAUAUCUUGCUUCUUGCACCUUGUAGCUACCGCUACUUCGUCGGCUUUUUUGCUAUCCUGGCACUAGGAGCAGCGGUGGUGCCGUUGUCUGCCAAUGUAUCUGUUGACGAAGCUACACGAUUCAAGAACAAGUCGGAGGCCACAUGUCUUGUUUUUGCAGCAAACUUGGAAUCGAAAGCGCUGGAGAUUCAACAGUCGACUUCCUUAGGCCUUGUUCCCAUAUCGUUUGCCGCGGAUACAACCGACGGAGAACACGCGUGUCAUAUUGAUAUCACUAUCAAUGAGGGUCUUACAAUUGAGCCUACUCGCCCCAGUCUCGUUCUGGGUACGUCUGGAAGUACGGGGCCGCCCAAAGGAGUCGUCCUAACGCGGGAUUUCUUCAAUAUCCCCAUGCCAGAUGGUGGCCCUGAUGAUGUAUUCAUCACCAUGAUCACAGCCAUGAACUGGAUCGGCGGUGUCUGGCCCCCAACAAAGCUGUUGUUAAAUGGCGUGAGAAUCGAAAUAUUUGAUUCCCAGCCUAGCAGGCCCGAGGUGGCUUGGAAGCGGCUUCGACAGGGCGGUGUUACCUUCCUCAUGGCCCAUUCAAACGUGUGGAUGAGCAUGAUGAAGUACUAUAUUAACGAGUUGAGUAGUUUAUCGCCCGCUGAGCUAGAGCCAUAUCGCCAUGGUGCAAGGGAUGUCAAGUUGGCCAUGGCUGGCGCGAUACCAAUAUUCCCUCCCGUACUCAAGUUCUGGAGAGAGAUAUUCGGCCACCCCUUAAUGAACCUUUACUCUGCCGCCGAGAUGGGAGGAUGUGGGCUUCGUACUGCGGCGGACGUUGAGGAGGAUGUCGAGCGGUCUGUCGGAACCCCUUACGGCCAGUUAGAGGUGAAGCUGUCUGAGGGUGAUCACGGCGAGCUUCUGAUUAAGGGGCCUACGGUGGUUUCUCAUUACCUAGGAGAUCCAAAAGCCACAGAAGAUGUCUUUGACGCUGAGGGUUUCUACAAGACGGGAGAUAGAGGCCAUAUUGCGAAUGGCGUUUAUAUCAUUGAUGGCCGGCUCAAGCACGACUUUAUCAAGCAUCAUGCAUAUAAGGUGCCGAUCCCCGAGCUGGAGAUGCAGCUAUUGAGAUUACAUUAUGUCGAUGAGGCAUAUGCCGUCCCAGCUCCGGAGGCUUCGGUCGGUGAACACAUCGCAGUGGUAGUGCGGCUGAAGCCUGAGGCUGAGGGAGAGGGUCUGACUCUUGCAAAGUUGCGUGAGGAUCUUUUGUCUGGCUCGUCGUUACCAGUCGGCUAUCUGCCUACUGUGCUGCGUGUUCUAGGCAGGGGAGAAACCAUACCUCGAUCCUACACCGACAAGCCCCUUCGCAAACAAAUUGUGACGAAGUUCUUUCUGGGCCCCGGUGGGACCGUGGAGCAAGGGAAUCUCGAGAUCGAAGUGUGGGAGUCUAAAGUCAUCCCUUCGGCCAGAGACUUUGACCAGGGCAGCGACCGGAGGCUUACUACUGCAUCGAUCUAG